AUGACUCACGCCGCGCAUCAGCCCUCAGGCGACAACCUGUCGCUCCUUUGGCAAGCUGCCUCUGACGACUAUGCGAAGGAAACCGGAAUCACCAUGACUGAUAGGGCAUUCCCUAAGGUAUCCGGACACGAAGAGCUGUCAAGCCAGCUGGAUGCGGAGAAGGAUCAUUUUCAGGACUUCCGAAUGAAGAAACGGACUCUUCUCCAUGCCAUGCAAAGGGUCCUGGCGCCUUUUGAGAAUUGGGGCGAUCUGAUCGGGGGUGUGGUCGCUGCUGUAUUUCCACCAGCCGCCUCUAUUAUGGGUGCGAUGCUGCUACUGAUUCGUGGCGCCCGAAAGGUCAGCGAAUCUUUCGACAUGAUAACCGACCUAUUUCAUAAGUUAAGCAAUUUUGCCCUUCGUCUGGACACUUACAAGGGUGUUCCUCUCAACGAGGGAAUGAAGAUAAUUAUCGUCAAAGUUUUGGUCAAUUUCCUUCGUGUCUGUGCGGCAUCACAAAAAUUGCUGAAGACAGGCUCCUUUAGAGCACGACUUUCAAAAUGGGCUAAAAACAUCCUUGUCGACGAUCCCUCGGUCACUUCACUAAUGGGCGAGCUGGAGGAGUUAACCAGCCAGGAACAUAAGAUGAUCUCUGCUCAGAAUCUCAAUCUCACCAACCAGGCGCUAAAGAACACCGCGGAUUUGCUCCAGAGGGGCGACGCCAGAAACGAGCGGGAGAGGCUUGACAAAGUGAAGCAUACUUUAAAACCGGUUUCUGCAUCUAGCCAGGUCCACUCUACAAUUAGUGAGAGUCGGAUACCUGGCUCAGGGGCCUGGGUUGAUGACAAAAUUCGGUCUUGGUGGCAGAGUUCUCAGCCUCUACUCUGGCUUCACGGCGGUCCUGGUGUGGGCAAGUCCUAUCUGGCAUCCAAGAUUAUAAACGACCUCGCACACUCUGAACUACUCACCCCGCAUGCGUCUGUUGUCGCCUCAUUCUUUUUCAAGAACAAUGAUGUUGAUUUGCGCUCCCUGAACAAAGGACUGCGAACCCUUGCCUGGAAUGUAGCCACACAGCUACCAAGCUUCGCCAUGCAUGCAGAAGACUUCUGCCGAAAGUUGGAGCCAGCUGAUACCUACACCGUAUGGAGGAAGCUCUUGCUGAAUUACUUCACUGAGGCUGCUUCAGGUGUCUCAGCGUGCUUUGUCAUUGACGGGAUCGAUGAGGCCGACCCAGAAGAACUGGAAAUUUUGUUUAAUCUCCUUGAAAAAACCUACUCAGCAAAGGAUCGGACAAUAGAAAUGUCCCCUGUACGAUUCGUACUUCUGAGCCGUGAUUCAGUGCGCAGCAGUUUUGCAGAACACUCCCUAGGGUGGGCGACAGAUAUCGAGAUCACCAAUGAUCAGAAUAAGGAAGAUCUUUAUGGAUUCGUCUUUCAGAAGCUACAAAGGGCCAGCUUGUUCCGAGGCUCUUCGGACUUCUUAGAGGAGGUCGUCGAUGGUAUACAUAAGUCAGCUGAAGGUCUGUGGGAGUGGGCGAAUCUUGUCAUUCAAUCUGUCUUGCGCUGCAGGACCAAAGGGCAGAUCCGGAAGGUUGUCAAGACGAUGCCACGGGGAAUCAGUGCAGUUCUGACUCAAGAGCUGCAGCGCUUAGCUCGGGAGCUUUCAACAGUAGACAUGCUACCGGAUGAAUUGUCAGAGGAGUUUGGUGUUGAGGAAUCAGAUGGUGAAGCGAUGGUCCCACAGAUUGAGCAUCUUAGGCUGAUACUCUCAUUUGUCACUUUGGCUCAAAGGCCCUUGACAGUUGAACAACUUGAACUCAUCUUGGAGAUCAUUCUUGACGACGAAGUCAUGAACCUUGAAGAGGAUAUUCGCGCGGUAUACUCAACCCUUUUUUCCCUGCGACCGGUAGGGGAUACAGAAGGAUACCUCGAGGAUGAUUACAUUGUAACACUUCGCCACAGCUCCUUCUAUGAGUUCUUCAAGGCAUCUGGGCAGGGUAAAACCGGGCCCAUCCACGUUGACUCCGAGCGCGCUGAGGUGCUCAUCGUCUUCGUCCUACUGUAUAGUUGGCAAAGAACACAUUCACCGAAGUCCGAUAAGUCGCUAGGGCCGGUUUGGACAUAUGCCGAAGACUUUCUACCAAAUCAUCUGACGUGUGCCAAUCCGAAAAUAGCGGGCAAUUUACAGGAAACAAUUUCGUCUCUGUUGACAGACCUGUUCGCUAAAGAUAUCGGGCGUGGCUGUCGCUUUAUUUCAACGUUCUCCGACAGGCGUGAUUCCAGGUAUAAUUCAUACCCAUCAUCUAGCGUCAACCGGCUUGGCAGAUACUGGUUCGGCGCUGAAGAAUACCAUCUUGCAAAUGAAAGGGCGCAGCUGGUCCUAAACUGGCUUCUCCCGGCUUCGAUGAAGGUAUUUGAAGAUUGUGCCCGGUCGUCGACCGUGGUGAGUGAUGUGUGCCCGUUUACUGUCCUCUUCUCCCCCACGGCAGUUUCCAUUUCCCGCCACUGGCUGGACCCGGUCCGCAUUGACAGCCACGAUGGACACCCCUUGGCCAUUUCUGUGAUGUUAAGUGUGUAUGCCGAGAUGGCAGGUACUAUGGAUCUCUCCGACUACUACGGGAAGGUCAAUGAUCUUGAGUCUGAGUCGACAGAUUGUGCCAAGCAGUUAAUCCCGGUCUAUUGCCGUUUACCGUCUUGUGGCGUCUUGAUCGUCGCUGAGUUACAGCAACUUCAGAAGACGGCCACUUGGCAUGCUCGACUCGGACAGGCGCUCCUCUUGGGAUUAGAGAUUAGGGAUUAG